AUGGCCCUGGAGCAGGCAUUGCAGGCGUCGCGUCAGGGGGACCUAGAGACCCUGAAGGCGCUGCAGCGAGCCGGCUCGUUGCUGCCCACUCUGCGUGACCCGCUGGAUGCUCUGCCUGUGCACCACGCAGCCCGGGCGGGCAAACUUCACUGCCUGCGCUUUCUGGUGGAGGAGGCGAACCUGCCCGCCACUGCCCGCGCCAGAAACGGAGCCACCCCAGCCCACGACGCCGCAGCCACCGGCCACCUCGCCUGUCUUCAGUGGCUCCUCACACAGGGCGGCUGUAGCGUGCAGGACAAAGACAAUUCUGGUGCCACAGUCCUCCAUCUGGCUGCCCGCUUUGGUCACCCUGAGAUAGUGGACUGGCUGCUUCGCUAUGGAGAGAGCGACCCCGCCUCAGCCACAGACACAGGAGCCCUGCCCAUUCACUAUGCUGCCGCCAAGGGAGACUUCCCCUCACUUCGACUUCUCGCAAGCCACUAUCCAAAGGGGAUAAGUGCCCAAACCAAGAAUGGUGCCACACCCCUCUACCUGGCCUGCCAGGAGGGCCAUCUGGAGGUGACACAGUACCUGGUACAAGAGUGUGAGGCUGACCCACACACACGUGCCAGUGAUGGGAUGACCCCUCUUCACGCUGCUGCCCAGAUGGGCCACAGCCCCAUCAUCGUGUGGCUGGUGAGCUGCACUGAUGUCAGCCUUUCAGAGCAAGAUGAUGACGGGGCCACUGCCAUGCAUUUUGCUGCCAGCCGGGGCCAUGCCAAGGUGCUCAGCUGGCUGCUGCUACAUGGCGGGGAGAUAACCACUGACUUGUGGGGUGGGACCCCCCUGCACGAUGCUGCUGAGAACGGGGAGCUGGAGUGCUGCCAGAUCCUAGUAGUGAAUGGGGCAGAAUUGGAGAUCCGAGAUCGGGAUGGUUACACGGCUGCCGACCUCUCGGACUACAAUGGUCACAGCCACUGUACCCGCUACCUGCGCACCGUGGAGAACAUGAGUGUGGAACAUCGAGUCCUAUCCCGGGACCCAUCUGGAGAGCCAGAGGGCAAGCAGCCAGACUCAGGCAUGUCUUCACCCAACACCACCAUGUCAGCUCAACCCCCACACUUCGACCUCUGCUCUCCCACAAGCACUCUCUCCAACUACGACUCCUGUCCUUCCAGCCGCUCCAGCACCCGAGGCCACCACCCUUUCCUGGCAGGGCUGCGCAACUCGACAGUCACAGACAUGCAGACCUACAUGGACAUGCUGAAUCCUGAGAUGGGCUUUCACGGCAGGAAGAAGGGAGGCCCUACCACCCCCCCACCCCCACCCAGCUUCCCUCCACCACCCCCUCCUCCUGGCACUCAAAUGCCCCCGCCCCCUCCCGCCUAUCCAGCUCCCAAGCCCCCCAGUGGGCAGCACACUGCUGAUAUCUACGUUCAGGCCAAGAGCAAACUUCGGCAUGUGGAGAGAGAGGCUCUGAAGCGGGAGCUGAGUUCCCGCGACCGCCACGACGGGCUGCGGCGGGUGGACUCGGGCCGGAAGUCCCGCAGCUUUGGCAAACAGCCCAGCACCGGGGACUAUUACCGCCAGCUCGGCUUCGGCCCCGGGGAGCCCCUGGCAGCCAGUCUGGGGAUGGCCCAUAGCGAGGAGGUGAGAGCCUCGCAGCCCAGCCCAGCCUUGCCCCCCAGACUGUGUGCUCACUCUCUCUUUUCCUCAUGCCCCCAGGCCGCCCUCCUCUCCGGUAGCCACGUGCACAACGGCAGCGUCGCAGACCACAGGGUGUCCAGGGACCUCCCGCCCCCGCCCCCGCCCCCGCCGCUGCCCGAGGCCCUGAGUGCACCACCCCCACCGCCUCCUCUGCCCAUCGAAGGGUCCGGGACUGUCUGCAGCCAGCGCCGCUCCUCCUCAUCCACGGGCAGUACCAAGUCCUUCAAUAUGAUGUCCCCAACGGGAGACAACUCUGAACUCCUGGCAGAGAUCAAAGCAGGAAAGAGCUUGAAGCCAACACCCCAGAGCAAGGGCCUCACCACAGUCUUCUCAGGCAGUGGACAGCCCCCUUCUCUGUCUCCAUCACUACCCCGGGCCAGGAGCCCCACUCCACCAGCCAGCUCCAUUCCUGGGGCAGGCGGAGGCCCUCAUCAGCCUGUCCUCAAUGGCAGUGUGGCCCCACCACUGACUCCGGCACAGAACUUGCAGCUGGAUGUUGAGACGUUGAUCCCCACACAUGAUGAGCAGGGCCGCCCCAUUCCCGAAUGGAAGAGACAAGUGAUGGUUCGGAAGCUACAGAUGAAGAUGCAGGAGGAAGAGGAGCAGAGGCGAAAGGAGGAGGAGGAGGAAGCCCGUCUGGCCAGCAUGCCUGCCUGGAGGAGGGACAUUCUUCGGAAGAAGUUGGAAGAGGAGAGGGAGCAAAAACGAAAAGAGGAGGAGAAAGUUAGGCAGGAGGAGGAGCGGCGAGAGAAGGAGCAGUCCGAGAAGCUCAGGACCCUGGGGUAUGACGAGACCAAACUGGCGCCCUGGCAGAGACAGAUAAUCCUGAAGAAAGGAGACAUUGCGAAGCACUAGGUGCUGUGAGGGCCCUCCCUCCUCCUGCCCCUGCCCCAGCCUUUGCUGUGACACUCCCCGCCGGCCCCUCCCCCAGAGCUGCUGGGCAGGGGGCGAGAAUUGGGGAGAGAGGAUCGGGUUAGGGCUUAGAUCAAUGGUCUGGGCCCUGCCUCUAGCAGCAAGCACCGGCUCUGAAGCCCUUGCCCCUCUGUUUCUCUCCGACUCCCAGCCCCCACUCCAUUACCCCUCCCCCCCCCGGUAGGUUUUCUCCACCCUAGAUCCCUCGUUCAUCCCCCACCACCACCUCGGGAAACUGCGCCGCAGUCUGCUUACAAAAAGUGCCCAAGCUGUGGACUCAGAGAGAACCGCUGCUGAUUUGCAUGUUAAUUUGCAUAUUAUUUGCAUGUCCAUUGAAUGUCAAAAUGUACGAAUAUCUCUCAAACCCUGUGGGUGGUUGUUUCCCCCCCAGCUCCUUUUCUUGGUGCAGUCAGAUCUGCAGCCUCCGCCCUGACUCCUACUCCCCAAGUUCAGUGGGGCUGACCUAGUUCAGCCUUAGGGGAAAAGGGGGCGGCGGGGCGGAGACCGCAGGUUGGGUCGUGCCUAGAGAGCCUGGACUGCAGCCCUGUGGGGCCCAAAGGUUUUUCCUUUAAUUAGUACUCUCCUCCCCCUUCCAUCCAGGCUUUCCCCAACCCGUCGUUCGGGAUCAGGGCUCACUUCCUAUCCUGGCUUGGCCCGCCCUCCCUACCUUCCUCUGACAGUUUGCUUUCAGUCAUUUGUUUACCAGAAAGUGAAAGAAAAUUACCUACCCUGAGGCUCGAACGGGCACCCAGGGUGACCACCACACCUCCCCCCUCCCCCUGCCCUUCCCAUAUUUAUUCCAUGCCCACACGUAGCGUAAGCAGCCGCCUCUGGGGUACAGGCUUCCGCAGCUGCCAUAUCGCCCCCGUAAGCCCUCCCCCAACCCUGAGGCCCCUUCCCUAGGUCAUUGCCAAGGGAACUGUUGGGGGGAGGGGCGGGGAGAGGAGCAGGAUGGGGCUUUUGUGUUGUUUUUUUUCUAAAUGUUUUUGUCACUUUUCCUCCCGGCGCCCUCUGCGGAAAAGCCUCGACCCUAACCCCGCGUCCCCUGCCCUUUCUUUUCCUCCAUUAAAGGAAUCCACUGAUUGUCCCAGGCUUGGGAAGGGGUUUCUCUCUCGCUCACUCAGUCAUUUUGCGCUUUUUCCUUGUUUCUGCCAAACUCGGUGAUCUGGAGGGAGAGACUGGCACCCCUAUGGGAGGUGGGUGGAAACAAAGGCGAUCUGGGAUUCAACUUUCCUACGGAGAAGGACAGAGACUCCAAGGAGCCCCCGGGGAAAUGGAAAGAGAAACAUUUUGGGUGCCCUCUCCGUGCUGCCCAGGCCACUAGUUCAUUCGGGCACGGUUGCCCCCAGUAACUUGUUCCCAGUUCAUUACGCCUUGAGCGUCCUUGAAG